CGGUUUGAUAUAUGUAUAUAAACAUUAACGCUUUUCAAGGCAACAUAUAAGCUAACGUAGUAAACGAUUUACAUCCACGGUUUUUAAUUACGACGAUAAUAUAAAAAAUGAUUUUCAUUUUGUUUGUGACAGUAUUCGGGGUAUCAUCAGCUGUGCCUUCCGAGACACUGUCUGUUACAAAUGGUGGCGACAAGGGUGUCUGGGGACAACCAGAGUAUUGUGCUAACAACACAUACGCUGUAGGCUACGAUAUGAAGAUAGAAGGGCGACAAGGAUGGUUUGGUGAUGAUACAGCCCUGAAUGGCAUCAAGCUGAUUUGUAGGUCUCCAGACGAAUAUAGUUCCAUCAAGAACCAUGUUACAUCGAAAGUUGGAUCGUGGGGUAGAUGGGUUGGCGAAGCAUACUGCAAUAGUGGUGCCGGCAAACGGGAUUUCUUGACAGCAUUUAGCCUUCAAGUUGAACGAAACGGUGUUGCUGACGGUACAUCUGCAAAUUACGUAAAGUUUGAGUGUCGUGAUCUCGAACGUUUCAAGACGUCCUAUGAGAUGUCAAAAGCACCUGGUCAUGGAAAAUGGGGUACAUACGGGCCUUGGAGUUCCCAGUGUCCUGCUGGAAAAGCAAUAUGUGGAAUCAAAACAAGGAUAGAACCACCAAGAGGACGAAGAGCAGAUGAUACUGCACUGAAUGAUGUUGUUUUUUACUGCUGCGAUUAAGUCAACAUCAUGAUUAAUUUACUUUGCAAAUAAAUGGGGAAAAUGUACCUGCAAUGUUGUCCGAUCAGAGACAAGUGAAUACUACAGUAAAUGUUGUAAUGAUAUUUCCACCUUUUGAGUGUGUUCACUUCUUCAUGAGUUCUCAUCACUGCAAUGGUCAUAAAAAAGUACCAUUGGUGAUGUACUGUAACAUUUGUUAACUCUUAUACUGUAUGCUAACAAGUUGAAUAAAUUGUAAUGUUAUAAAAAUA